AUGACAAAAGACGCAUAUGCUGAAGUAUUAUUAUCAUCCAAUGAAAUAAUGGCAUUCAGUUCAACAUUAGACCGAAAUUUACAGGAAGUACCAGUAACUGCAACACCUAUUUUCGAAGGUCAUCUCUCAGUCAAGCGGGAUAAAAGACACUGGCAGUGGAGAUUGUUUCGAUUUGAUGGGUCGAAUUUCACUUGCCUUUCUAGCCGUAAAGUCAAGCUCAGUAAUGAAACAAUCACAAAUUCGAAUUUGUUGGCGACACCCAAAGACAAAAAUAAUCGAGUCAUACAAGCAGCGGACGAAAAUAAAAUCGAAUUUAAAUACUACCAAUCUCCCGAAUGGAUGAUUGAUGUUGUUGAUAUAUCUGCUAUUUCUGUCUUAAAAAAGAAAAAAUCUACAGUACCAUCAAAAUGCUUUUCGAUUCGCACCUUUUCAGGCCAAUGCUUUAUCUUGAAGGCUCAAAAACAAAAGGAUCUAGAGCGGUGGUUAUUCGUAUUAACUAAAAUGUGGAAAUUUACUCAGGCCGUAAAUGAGCAAAUAAAGGUUAUCGACGAAUGGAGGAAAUCAUUAGCAGAAUUAAUGGCCUGUGAUCCGUGUAUUAAACAAGUGGUGACACCACCACCUAUCGAAUCGAUACCCGAUGACGAUACGAUGAGCAUAUUUACAGAUAUUACUAGUGUGAGUCAUCGACAAAGGCCUAAUAGUAUUAAAAGAGUAAAGAGUCGAUCAAGUAGAAAAACCAAAAGUAACAGUAUCUCACCUGCACAUCAGGAGUUACCUUUGGAGGACAAACCAGUUCCUACACUAAGAAAAAGAAGAUCAGACGAUGUUCGGAAUUGGAUGAACAAUAAUAGAGACAAUAUCAACUUUUUUCAAGAUGUAGGUACUAGCGUAAAUGAUGAAGAAAUUAGUCAUGUUAACAAUAAUAAUGAUAUUCUGAAAUACCAUACAUCAAUACGCGGCAAGAAAUUAACCCGAGUCAAUAAUCAAGGAGACCUACUCAUAAAUAAUAAUAACGAUGAUGACACAAGUCUGAACCAAAAGAAAAGAAGGGCAUCAAUUCCAUUACUUUCUACUCAAAAUAUUAACUCCCUAAGGUCUCCUUUACAAACAUUGUCCAAGAAGAAAGAGGAAGAAGAAGAAAUGUCUUUGGCUGAUCUACAGAAAUCUCUUUGGCAAGUUAGCCUACAUAACAGAUCCACAUCUGCUUCUUCUAUACAAGACUUACAAAAAAGACAGCAGCAACUAUACUUUAACCAGAGCAUAGUUGCUCCUGCUAUACCUCCACUUCAAUUACAUACCUCUCCAUAUCAUUACCACCAUUAUCAUCUAUUUGAUCAAAUCAAUUCGUACUUUGAAUCAUAUAAAAAUGCCAAAAACGUAUUCAAAUAA